CGACGUGCAAAAUAAACCUACUAAGAAGAUUGAUUUUGAACUGAGGGAUCAUACGGAUGAAAGGCUACCCUGUACUCUAUGGGGUUCAUUUGCAGAACAAGUUUUCACUGCCUGUGAAGCUUCUGCUGGUGAGAUGGUCAUAUGUUUGGUGAGAUAUGCUAAGAUCAAGACUUACAAAGAUGUAAGGAGUAUCUCCAAUGCUUUCAAUACAUCUCAGAUCUUGAUCAAUCCAGACAUCCCUGAGAUUGUUGCCUUCAAAGAAAGUUUACCAAAAGAUGGGCUUGCUCUUACUCUUCUUGAGUCUAAACCAAAGCAGGAAAUGAUCGAGCUGCCUACAGGGGAUUUCUAUCUUCAGUUUCCUAAGAAGACCAUCAAAGAAGUCGCUGAGAUGUUUGAUACUGGGAGGGUUAAGGUGCUCUGUACAAUAUAUGAUAUUGACAGAGAUUGGUCUGUCUAA